AGAUGUUCUCCUUUUUGAAUUUAUUCGAAAAAGGAGUAAUUCUCUUGAUAAUUUUUCUUUUCAUUUUAAAACAAACAAAUUCAUCAACAACCCCAGACAAUGGGGAAACAACAACAAUUUUGUCUUCAAAAUCGGAAAACAAAAUUGUAUUACCUUGGGACCAGGAUUAUACCAAAAUGACCGAACAUAAACGAGAAAAACGCGAAUUUCUCGCUUUAUCAGGAAUAUUAAUUCUAGUUAUUUGGAGUUUCACGCUUGGGCCAUUUACCCAAAUGCAAAUUACAAGCAGAGUUAAUAUGAUUGGAUCAUUUCAAGAAAAGGGGUGUAUUUACAGAUUUAUAACCAAUGGCUUCAAAAAUUAUUGUGCCCCUACGGAAAAGGAGAUAAAUGAUAAACAUUUAAUUCAACAAAUUUUUAUGAUACUUUUCAAACAUAUAACUAAAACUGCUGCCAACCUUCUUCGUUAUUUACAUUCUCACACCUUUGGAUUGAUAAACAGAUCAGAAUUCAAAAUUGAAGAAAAUUUUACUCUUCGAGAGGAUUUUUUUCUUUUCCUUUUUAGACACCAAUUAGUUCCUAUUGGGUAUGUCCCAGAGGUUCUUUUAACAGAAAAGGACGAAAAAGCCUGGAAGAUAUAUGAAAAUUUUGUUCAAGGAACAAAAACAGAUGAAAGCAUGCAUUGCGAUGAAAUUUCAAAGGAGUGGGAAAAUAAAAAGAAAACUAAAAAAUUAAAAGAAUUUGAUCCUUCUAAAUUGGAAAAUAUUUUAAAAUGUGGAUGUAACAAUUUAUUUAGUAAUUGGGGUGAUUUAGAAACUGGACAAAUAAAAAAGAAAAUAUCGGCCAAAGACUGUUUAGAACUUUUGCAAAUUUUGAAACCAAAUGAAGAAAUUUCGUAUUCAUUACAAGGUAAUAUACCCAUUGGGAAUUUAAAUGUCUAUAAAAGAAUGGGGCAGGAAUUUCGAUUUUUGCCUUCCAAUUUGGCAAAACAAAAAAUUAUCUGA